UCGCUCUGGCGGGAGAACGUUAUCAUGCAUUUCUCGCUCUGUGUCGGCUCACACGCUCCUGGGACAGUGUAGGGAACGCACCUUUUAACGCUUCUGAUCUCAGGUGUUGUGUGUGGCUGACAGAUUUAUAACCGGAAAUGUGGAUUUAAACACAAAGAGUGCCACCCGAAUCAGGCUGAUUCUCAUCCUAAGUCACAGAGAGAGAGAGAGAGAGAGAGACAGACAGACAGAGAAAGAAAGAGAGAUAGAGAGAAGGAGGUCGUCGGUGGUCGAACUCCGAGGGAGUGUUCAGUGAGUGACCUCUUCCAGCUCGAACCCGUGACCUUACAAAAAAAAAAAAAAGAAAGAAAGAAAGACCUAUAACCUUCCUUCCCUCUCGGCCGCUACUUAACCAUGGAGAAAUCCGAUCUGAAUGGCGACAUUGAAGGGGACACUUCAGUCAGCCUCGAAGUCAACGGCGAGGUCAAGAGAGCUAAGAAGAAGAAGGCGGGAGGAGGAGCCGUCGUAGAGGACGACUCCGUCGCAACCGGCCAGGAAUCGGACGAGGAGGAGGACUAUAGCCAGCCGGAGAUCAGCAGCAGGACCUCAGACUACGAGGAGGAGGAGGUCGUCAGCGCAGGAGGUCGGGUCAACGGCAAGGUCGACCAGCGGCGGCGGCAGCGGGAGGAAGAAGAGGAGGAGGAAGAAGAAGCAGAGAGCGACCAGGAAACCACCGAGGAUCUCGUGAGCGAGAGGCAGAACGUUGAGGUCGUCUCCGAGAGCACCCAGGAGGUCGUCGAAGUCGUCGAAGAGGUCACAGAGUGCCAGGAGACGCUCGACGAGGUCACACAGGGGUCGGACGAGGAGGUAGAGGUCUCGGGGAGGGAGAGCGAGAGCGUCGACCUCCUACAGGAGGAAGCGGCUCCACCAGACAAGAGGAAAGUGAUCGAGUACGUGGAAGACGAAGCAGAAGACGACCAGGAACCAGCGACCGAGGAGGAGAGCGCAGCCGAAGAGAAGCAGGACACUGAACCGGUAACUGAAGAAAGACAGGAAGAAGAGGAGGAGGAGGCCCAAGAGGAAGAGGAACAAGUGGUCGAAGUUCCAGAAGAGCCCGCCCAAGAGGAGGAGGAGCUUCUAGUCGACUGUGAACCGGAGAGCAAAGAACCCACCAAAAGCCUCAAGAAGAAGACCAAAAAGAAGGCACCUACUGCAGAAGUAGAAGAGGACGCCGAAGAAGAGGAGGAACUCAGGAAGCCACCGGAGGGCUUACACAGACGCAGGAGCUCGGCCGAAAGCUUCCAGAAGCUCAAGGACAGAUUCAGCAACGGGACGAAGGUAGAGGAGGAGAACAGGAAGAACAAAGAGGACGAGAAGGGCCAAGGAGGAGCCAAGAACAUCAUGUCUGAAAAGAGCAAGAGAUUCGGAGGAACCUCCGAAAAAUGCACCCAGUGCAAUAGGACGGUGUACCCCAUGGAGAAGAUGGAGGUGGCCGGACGUUUGCUGCACAAGACUUGCUUCAAAUGCUGCAAAUGCAAUUCCCAGCUGAGCGUGGGACGCUUCUCCAUAGGCGGGAAGGACAUGUAUUGCAUGACCCACUACAAGCAAGCUUUCAGAGAGAAGGGGAAUUACGACGUCUUCACCCCAGACAAUCCCAUCAAAGGGAAGUGGGAGAACAAGUAAAGCGAACAAAGGAAGAGAGAAUGAGAGAGAGAGAUAAAGAGAGGAACAACGAAAAGAGUGAAAGACGAGGCGGAAGAGAACUUUAUAAGAUCGAGUGGACCACACCAGGGAAGGCGCUAGAGGGAACUUCGUGGAUUUUUUGGGCAAGCAACUCACACUCCUCCCUCGGGCUUUCCCUGAUUCAACUCCGGCUGAAGAGACUUUUUUUUUAUCUUUUAAAGAAUUCCAGCAUUUCAUAUCGAAUUCUUUAUAUAUAUUACAAACGGUUCUAUUUUUCUUCUUCAUGAGAUCACAAUCCGUUUCGUCAUUAGACCUUUAAGGUGGUCUCUUCGGCGAAGGCAAAGGCAAAGGUAAAAAAAAAAGAAAAAAAAGAGAGAAAAAAAAUCGUUCUAUAUUUGGAAUCUCAACAUUCAGUCGUUUUUUAAAUUCCAAAAUUUUACCUGAUUUAUCUCAUUAGAAAAGUUUAUAUACAUUUUCUCAUUGAAAGAAAACUGUAUUAACUUUCAGCUCCGAUACAUUUCAGUAUUACCAGAGCUUCUAGCUUGAGGUCAGCGUGAAGAUGUAUUUUCCUCCAGUGCUUCCAGCGGACAUUAUUUAUUUAUCUCAUUCAGAGACGAUCAUCAUCGGAAAUCACCUGACAAUAUCUUUAUGGUGACCCUCGUGCACUUUCCCUUUGAACCAGUGGCGCAACUGAAACCAAUACUCAGGUCUUCCAAAGUCAUCUUUUCGAGGCUUGGGUUUCCUUGUACUAUAUAUAUUCUUUUCUAACACUCUUGGCAUACUAAAGUUAGAGGUGUGUGAGUUUGUCAUAAUGCUUCGUUUUAUUUCCAAAAUACUGCUGCUGCUACUGCGUUAGGAAGAGUCAGUCUUGGCCAGUUAUCGAAAGAAAAAAAAAAAAAAAGGUCACACGUGAAGUUUGCUCUUGUUGUAUACAUAGCAGAAUUUUCGAAUCCUGAAUCACAUCUGUCCAGAUGGCAGUGUCUUGGUUUUUUUUUAAAUAUAUUUCCUCCGAGUGUGUGUCCUCUUUUCAAAGCAAUUGAUCUCUUCCACUUAACAUUCUUCAGCUUCUCGUGAUUGCCAGUACACGAAAUAUGGUUCGCAACAAAUAGGUCUGAUUUAAUCUGUCGCGUAAACUGGAAAUUUAGCAAAUCUGCAACGGUGAUGCAAAUUGGAUUUCGGGACUUGAGGCAAAGACAGUGACAGAAUGGUUGUUCAUGUUAGGUCUAUUUUAUACAAUAAUACAAGAGCUGCUUCUGACUAGAAUUUGCUCGAAUUGAAUAUGUAAACCUAUUUUAACAGUGCUUGGUGUCUUUACUACAAAGUGACUGCGUUUUUUCAUAGCGCAGUUUGAGUUCUUGUGUCUUCUUCAUGCAUUACCAAGUCAGGAUUUCCACGGUACAAAAUUUAUUCUGAAUAUCAGCUUGCCAAAAAAUCCCAGUCAUCAUUAGCAAAUAUUAUUUUAGUUUAGGUUAUUUUUUUUAAUAUUCCUCCUUUGCUUGAUCGAUUCCAGAAAAGUGUCAAAUUCCCUGAAAAUUUCUCACUUUUGUUAUUUUGGUAUGAAAUGGAAAAAGUUCUUGGUUUUUCCAUGCGUUAAGGAUCGUCAUUUCUAUCCUUUCCAGAGUUUUCUGUGGAUAAUUAGAGAAUGUCUCAAAGAUACGUUACGAUAAUGUCACGAGAAUGACAGUAUCCGUUUUGAUGUGCCUUCUCUACUCUUGUCUAUCUUGAUUUAGAUUUCGUGAGACUGCCAUUUUUUGAAAAUCCAUCUCGUCGCCAGACUAACAAUGGGUAAUUUUUCGGAAAGUGUAGUUGUUGUUCGAUUACGCAGGCUAGUUUCGGUUAUCUUUUUAUUUCCUUUCCUCCGUAGUAGACUUUGAUGAUUUUUGUUACAUUUAUCGUCCAAACAAAGCACUAUCAUGACAAGAACUUGUUUGAUGCGUUUGCUGUAACCGAGCAUAAGGAGUGUAGAUAUUUUUUCUUGAGAGACAGAAAUAGCUAACAUAUGCCAUGAUAAUCUUUGAUUGCUGUUUUUAUUUAUUUACUCAGAUAGUAUGAAUGUCUUUUCGUUGAGAAUGCUUAGGGGGUGAUUGGUUAUAGCAGAAUUUUCCCGUGAUUCUUUUAUAACCUAAACUGCUGCUAGUGAAGUCUCUGUGCCUUAUUGAAGAAAAAAAUAGUUGAUAUGAUUAUGGGCAUUAGUAUCUCGAGAGUAUACAUUUUUUUGGAGCAUGGUGACCUGUUCUCAUUGCAUCUAGUGCCAUUGUCUUAGUUGAUAUUUUGCUCUCGACGGCUAGCAUAAGUUUGAACCCUUUUUUGAUCUUGAGAUGAAUAUUAAUAAAUGAUAUUAUUGAUA